AUGCCAUCAGCCAAGCGCAACGCGUCAUCUGCCAGGCGAUUAUCUCUCGCCAAGAGGCAGAGGACUGUCGAUCCACCAGUUGAUCCGCUUGAGGGCACGAGCGGCUACGAUUCAGAGGAGGGUUCCAACAAUCAGGUGGACGGUGGUCAGGACGCUGAUCACGAGGACAAGGACGAGCAUGAGAACGAGGAGGACGAUAGCGAGCUCGCCCCCAUCACCCCCAAGCGAUCCGGCCAAGCUGCUCGCGGCUCCAAAGAUCAGGAGAAGAAGCACCCCAAGAAGGGCAAGAAGAAGGCCGCUCCGAUCAAGGUUGGUGCCGCUCGUAAGGAGGUGUGUGGUGGGUGCGCCCUGCGUUUCAACGCAGGCCUGAUUAAUGGCAUUUGCCAUGAUCGGCUCGAUUCGAACAGCGAGCGCUGCGUUGAGUGUGGCACCCACUCCUGCUCCAUUCUUCACAAGAACUCUGUGGUUCCUGUUCAUGCUGUGAUCAACGCUCGCCGCAAUCCAGAGUUGACAUCCUGUGAGAUCGAGGUCUUCGUUGAGCGCUCCAGGACUGCUCUUGAGCAGUACCCUCCGAUCCCCCGCAACCCUCCCAAGGGCAAGGCCAGGCCCAAGGCGACUGCUCCCCCAGCCACCCCCCAAUCAACGAACUCUUCGCUGAUCCUCACCAGGGCUUCCGCCUCCCGCUUGUCUGGUGAUCCUGCCACGCUGGAUCAGCCGUUUGGGCUGGUCCUUCUCCCUCUCUCUUAG